GGACUUGAAGGUUGUGUCUUNCGGGACCAGGUACGUCAUCAGCAGCCUGGAGCUCCUGGUUGCCGAGGACGACAUGAUCGUGUACCUGAAUGGUGCCACCCCCCGGCGGAGGAUGCCCGGCAUAGGCUGGCUGAAGAAGUGUUACCAGAUGAUUGACAGGAGAUUGCGGAAAAACCUGAAGUCCUUGAUUAUUGUCCACCCCUCCUGGUUCAUUCGGACGGUGCUGGCCAUUUCCCGCCCUUUCAUCAGCCCCUUCUGCCUGCAUUUACACACGUUGGUCUCUGCCUGUUCCACUUGUGGGUGAAAGUAUUUUCAUACAAACGAGAUCUUUUCACCAAUAUGUCCUGGUUGCUGUGGUCGGCGGAAUAACAGCCCUCAAAGAUGUCCAUGUCCUAAUCCCUGGAACUUGUGAAUAUGGUACUUAAUAUGGCACAACAGGUAAGGACCUUGAGAUGGGAGGUCAUCCUGGGUUACCUGGGGGCCACUGUCCUCUCAGGGUCCUCAUAAGAGGGAGGCAGGGCGGUAAGAGUCAGAGAGAGACUGGAACACACUGCGCUGCUGGCUUUGCAGACGGAGGAAGGGGCCACGUGCCCAGGGCUGCAGGCGCCUCUAGAAG